AUGGCACGACCCGGUGACUCCUCCGACACUUUAAUUUCCCCUCCCUCCCCAGUCUACCACCCCAGACCCCAAACAACCCUCAUGGAAUCAGAAUUGGAACUCUCUAAUCUUGAAUCCCCUCCGCCUCCCGAUAUUCCAAAGCUCUUUCGUGAGGAAAGCGACAUUACCUGGCAAGAAACCUUCGAGUCAACAAAGGAUCAGGUACCACUCGUCCGGCGACGUGGCAGGUUCCGACUUUUACACCAGCAGCAAUUCAAAAACAGUCUACUCGCCAGUGUCGGAUAUCUCGAGCUCGCAAAUGCGGGAGACUUUGCUGCAAAUGUUUGGAAUACUACGCCCGUGCCGACCUUUGCGGCCGUGUUGAUGGGGAUCGGUGGCACCUUGGCGCUGUUUAUGGUGUUCCUUGCGAUACAGGAUUUCCGACUGAGUUGGCGGAAUGUAAAACUCCUACGCGAGGAACGAGUGCAUAUACAGCGAUUACAACAGUACCAUUGCAAGAACCCGGAGUUGACACGGCUGCUGGAUGCGCGGUUAGGCGUUGGGGUGCGUGAGAUCGGCACAGAGGUCGUGGACCGAAUCCUUAUGGACAUGCUUAUGGGUAUGGGAUCGGUCCUUGUUGGUGUUGGUACAUUGAUGGCGAUCGGGGGCGCGAACCCCCGUGUUUAUAAGGCGAGUAACCUCCUCUCGGGUUACAUUGGUAAUGCCCUGGCGGCAUUGUUUGGACUUGGCAAUGCCAUCUGGUCGAUAUACCUGAUCUACCGGUUCAAGAAACACGAUGAAGCCGUGGUCGCUGGUGAGCCUAGUGAUGAUAUUAGGCGCCGGCUGCGUCUACGAUUCAAACGCUUCCAAUGGCACUCGAUCGUCAACAGUGUGAAUGGAGUGGUCGCAGGUGCUGCGUCAAUGGUGACAGCUGAGCAUUGGGAAGGAUACGUGGUUCUAAUCCCAUGUAUCAUCUCAUUGAUCAUGUGCAACUAUUUCUGGCGUAAGAAGCUGGGUUAUGACCGGCCCGUAUUGGAUCACAUCUCCCUCGCCAAGUUGCAGUUGACACCUCUCCUGGAAGACCUGGAGUACGUCAUCGCCAUGCAGCGUGGUCUUGCCGACCCAGAUCACGCCAUCCCACAACCCAUUGUGGAUACCAAAUCCUUAGGCUCGAUGCUACAAUUUAUCGUUCGAAACCGUAUGCUGGAAACAUACGUUGACUCUCUCGCACAUGAUAAGAAAACAAGUCCCCUCCUUUCCGAAAUCCCCAAUACCGUGACGGCCACCUCCCAUGACGAAAUCAUCAUUUCUUCCGAUGUUCUCCUCCGUCUCUUUAUUUCCAAACCCACCCAUUCCCGAAUCCUUUUGAACCACGCCGCCAAAUUUCUUCUCAAGGAAGGAGUUCAAAUCUUUACGCAUCGCGAGCGACAUAUGUUAGAAUUAUUGGGAUACGCCGUCUGGCGGGAUCAGACAGCGACCGAAACAGAAGGUACCCUUGAGCCCAAAUAA